UGAAGCUCGAACCAGGGCCAAGUCAGACUCGGCUUUGAAAAUUUGUCUGUAAGACGUGUCUGAAAGAAGACUCGCUCUCAAAAGUACACCACGUGCUCUCUCCUUUUACCAAGAUCGGUUUAUCCAAAUUAACAAAAGACCACUAUCACCAUGCACAAGUACGCAGCAUUCGCUCUUCUGAUCGUAUCGGCGCUCGCUGUCCCAGCUCCCGAGUCACAAGGAUUAGAUUGUAUGCAUCAUGACGAUGAUGUUCUAAGUUGUUGGGCCAUAAAAGCAGCCACUGCACUCGACAGAGCGACAAGAUCGGCUGAUCUUAAGAUCAUCGAAGGGAUUACUUUCGUGAGAGACACACCAAUUGAACGCAGUGGCAAGUCGCUCAAAUCCGAAAAAGAACUACUUGAACAAUUGCCACGUGAUGCGACUGAUAGAACUCUUGAUAUUGCUACCAUGCUCUACGAAUCUGCAAUAUCGUUUCUCAAGAGUCACAGCCUGAAAGUUGACAUCCCCGAAGGCUCAAUGUCACGCGCGCUUACUGAAGGCCGCGCUAAGCUAAAGAAGCUAAUUCUUCCCCUGAUCGCCGCAGCCGGACUCAAGAUCUUCGCUCUUGUACCCAUUCUUCUCGGUGGUUUAGCUUUAAUCGUUGCUAAAGCUCUUUUUGUCGGCAAGAUCGCCUUGUUAAUCGCCGGUAUCAUCGCUUUCCAACGUUUGUUCAGCGGUGGUGCUACAAUCGGCAAUGGAUUUGGUGGUAACAUAUUUAACAAGAACCCACAAAGUACAUGGUACGACAAUAACCAGGGUUGGAACACUGGUGCCAAUGUUCAAGGACAAGGAUAUUACAGGAGUUUUAAUGAUAAGGUCGAUGCGCAGAACCUUGCCUACUCCGCUCAGGCACCUUCCAAUACCAAUGAAGCUAACUAAUACAUUUAUUAUUUAUUAAUUGUGCGAGAGCGGGACGAUUGAUGAUGUAAAGAAUUGCGACUGUGAAGCUUUUUCGAGCGACGAAUGACGACUUUUUUAACGGACGUAGAGGGAUUUUACCAGGGCUAGUUGCAACAGUAUUAUUUUUCGAACGUUACAGACGACAUUCAGUAUCACUGUAUUCCAUAAAUGAACAAAACAAAAUGUAUUAUUUUACUAAACUGACAAAAACUUACGUAUAAAUGGUAAUAUUGUACGGAGAAUAAACUUGAAUAUUUUGUUCGAUAAAAAUUCUUUUACUAUGACGUUUAAUUCAGUGUAUUCUAUUUUCGUACUGUGUGAGGAUAAGAAUAGCAGCCAUCAUUCAUGUACUGUUAUUGUUGUAUU